AUGUCCCCCGCAGAUGCUAAGACUAUCCCGACUGUCGUAAAUCCUUUCUACGCAAAGAGCAUCUUAAUCGUCAUAUGGCCAUACAUACAAACUCCUCUCGACAUAAAUGCUGCAUUUGUGGGCGAAGCUUUGCCAGGAGGUAAGAGCGCCGCUUGGCAUCUUGGCUGUGGAGGAUUGGCUGAUCGAUCCGACAGUGACAGUUUGAAUCGACAUGUGCUCCAGCAUAGUGUAUGUCCGGCAAAAAGGACACCCUCAGCAUGCCAGACAUGUCGCCGUCGUAAAAAGAAAUGUGAUUCCAACUACCCCUGUUCCACAUGUGCCGACAGCGGGGAACCCUGCGUGCGUGAACCGUCUAGUGUACAGGCCUUUACCCCUGCCUUGCGACUACCCCGCAAGGGUUCCCUUGGGGAGGAAAAGAGGCCAUUCGAAACAGAGCAGGUAGACCCUGACAGGACUGGAGACCUGACCAUGCCAAGUGCAGACGAUACCUCCCCCAUACAACCAUCUCCCAUGCAACUGGAUUGGAAUCCUCCGAUGGAUAGAACUGCGAGCAACAGCAUUGCCAAUACCUGUCCUGGCUCGAGAAACGUGUGCAUAUAUCAAGUUCCCUUACAACCGCUAACUGAUCCAUUGAUUGUCACAAUGUCUGGGAUCAAAACAGCCACAUCUACUCCGAACGAAAUCCCUUUCUACUACGGCGAGCCAUCUGACACUACGAGCUUUCCAUACACACCAGUGUGGCAACCUUCAGAAGCGAGGGAUUACUUCGGUGCAGACCAAUUACCUGAAAUAUACAUGAGCGAUGUACCAGCCUUUACAUCCAGCGGCAGAUUUUCACGUGAGUAG